AUGGCGCUCUCCACUAGUGGCGCCAGUAUAUCCAGCGUUUUCUCCUUCUUCCUCCUCGCGCUCCUGUGUGCUGCUGCGGCCGUGCUGUCGCCUGCCGCCGCGAGGACGUUCCCGGAUGCCCACAGCGGCGCCGGCGCCGCCGUCAAUGGCAGCAAGGUAUCGCUGCCGUUCCAGAGCAAGGCCGCCGGCUCCGGGAGUGGCUCCGGCAGCGGCCAUGGGUUCGGCUGGACGGUGUCGCACAAUGGGUCAGACACGACCAUCGGUUUCGGCGCGGGCGUCGGCGGCGGCGUCGGGUCCAGCCGCGGCGGAGGCUCGAGCGCCGCCGGCGGCGUCGGGGUUGGGGUGGGCGUCGACGUGGGCAGAGGCGGCGUCGACGUCGGCAUCGGAGUUGGCGGAGGCGGCGCCGCGAGCACGCGCAACGGCAGCGUCAGCGUAGGCGGCGGUGGUGGAGAAGGCAUUGGCAUCCACAUCGGCCCCGGCGGUGUGACGGUCACCCAUGGCGGCGGCGGCGGCGCGGGCGGCGGCACCGGCGGCGGGUCUUCGGGCGCGGGGAGCGGCACCGGACGGUCCGGGAACGCCGCGGGCACCGGCCAGGGCUCGGGAAGCGCGAACGGCGGCACGGGCAGCGGCGGAGGCACUGGGUCCGGCUCCAGCCAGGGAGGCUCGGCUAGCGGCGGCGGCGGCGGCACCGGAAGCGGCGGCGCCGGCGGGCAUCCGUGA